CAAAUCAUGUAAUACAAAUUCAUAAACUACUGUCACAAGUUAUCAGAAAAAUGGAAAGAUAUGAAAAAGAUUUUCUUCGGGGAACUACAGAGUCCCACAAAAAAAUAAACCUAGUUAAAUGGUCUAUUAUAACAAUGCCUUAAAACACUGGGGGCCUUGGAAUACAAAGUAUAACGAAAAAGAACAACGCAUUGUUAGCUUCUACAACAUGACGAUUAUUUCAUGACCAAAACUCUAUUUAGACAUCUUUACUAAGGAAUAAAUACUUGCGAGCUUCUCCAUCCUCAGUCGUCACUUCUUCUACCUGGAAAAGCUUGCAAAUUGGUUGGAAACUUUAUCAAAAGGAUUAAUAUGGAAACCUGCUAAUGGUAGAUGCAUAAAUUUCUGGAAUCAACCUUGGAUAAAGCCUGGCAUUACCUUGAGAUCCCUUAUACAUGGACCCUUGACUCGGCUUGAAGAUUCCAAACACGUUUUUGAUUAUAGACCAAAUAACUUUGAAAUCUGUUCAAUAUUCCCUUUGACCUUCCCCAAUCCAUAAUAACUCAAAUACAAUCAAUACAUUUUCCCAUAUUUUCUAGGAGUUAUAAUCGAAUUAGAUGGGGCCUUACCCCCAUAGGUAACUUUAUAGUACGCACUUGUUACAACCAAAUGGACAAAACAAAGAAAGAUGAUACAAAUCACUGAGACUUUACUUGGAUUUGGAAACUUAACAUUCUCCCCAAAAUCAAGCACUUUUUGUGGUUAUUAGUAUUAAAUAGACUCCCAACCUCUUCACAUCUACACCACAUAUCAUAUCGAUCAACAAUCAUCUAGCUGUAAACUUUGCCACAGUGAUGAACCAGAAACUAUUCCCCACUUGUUCUCUUCCUGUAGUGCACCUGGUCAAUUCUGGGAGAAUUUAAAUAUGAUCGCUGGCUUGCCAUUACAACCUCCCCCACAUGGCUCUCACACUUCCUUUACUAAUUUGCUAAGACAUAAUUCUUAACGACUUGAGCAAACCACAUCUGGGGUUCCAAUACAAGUUGUACUUCCUUAUAGCCUAUGGGUUAUAUGGACCCAUCGAAAAAGCUUUAUGUUCAGGAAUCACUGUUAUAGCAACCUAUGUCCAGCACUUGCUGUAAGUUUAGCUACUGAAUAUUGGUAUCUAGUUGGUGACUCGCACAACGACACUAACUCCUUUAACUUGUAUGUUAAAUGGAAUUCUCCUGUAGCGGUUUGUCUAAUGCUAAACACUGAUGCUACAUUCUUCUCGAAUCUUAACAUAGGGGGUUUGGGAGGAGUUUUUCGUACAAGCUCAGGGGAAUGGGUAUUGGGCUUCAUUGCACAUACUGCUAUCAAAGAUAUAAUGCAGCUUGAAAUUCAAGCUUUAUUUGUUGGUUUGCAGAUGGCUGUGGAGUAUAAUCUGAAACCCUUACAAAUAAAUGUCGACGCAGAGCACCUAACCACCAUGUUAAACAAUGUUGAAAAAGAUGCUAACAUCUCCUCUCUGUUAUGUGAUUGCUAGUACCUUCUUCACCUACUGGGUAGUCCAGGUUCAUAUCUAUAGAGAACAAAAUAGACUAGCUGAUAGCCUUCAAAAAGAGCCAUUUCUACUGCACAACCAUCCGUUUUAGCUACUACAAAUCCAGCCAUGGCUGCUACUACCUUUUGGUCUCCUCCCCAAGAUCUGAUGAACAUUUUGGAUGCCGAUAAAAGAGGAGAUUUUGUUAGUAGGAGUGUCAAGACUUUAGGAGUUUUACCGCCUAGUACAUCUGUAAAUAUCCCUACUAGUACUACGUUAUGUGAUAACUGAUGGUCUGUAAAUAUUGCACAAUGUGCAGAUACUAUAAAGGCAGCGGUGCCAAGCUCCUCUCUGUAGAGUUUUUGUUAUGAUUCUAAUAUAAUAUCCUAGUUGCCAAAAAAAAAAAAAAGAAAUAGGAUAACUAUUAUUAAUCGCAAAGUCAACAUAGAGUGGUGAAGUUGAUGAGUAUCUUUAUUACAAGGUUGAAAGAGAUUCAUGGGCUAGUUCUUCACUGAUUACUGAGGACCAUUUAAUGUGUUUCAGUUGGUGGGCCCUUGUUUACCUGAUUCACAUGUGAGGUUGGUGAAAGGCAUCAUCAACCUAUUAUUGGUGUUGGUAUUAAUAUACUCUGCUUAAACAACGAUUUGAUGUUUUUAGUAGGAACUCAAUAUAUAAAUAUGUGCACACAUGUUUGUGAUUAUUGAGGAGAUUGUGGGUUGUUGAAGCUUUCGUGUGACUUCGUGUUUGUGUUUUUUUUCCCUUUAUAUACAGACUCAGACAUGUAGACUAGAAGAUAUAUCGAGCACAAGUAGCAGAUGUGUUGAGACUAGUUAAAUUGGGGUGGCAUUAGUGUAUUGGCUACAUUAACUGUGGAGGCUAAGAAAAGUAGAGGCCUGUCUUUAUUAGAGAAAUAAACUAUGGGUGGAUAGAUGACUGUCUUUAUUAGAGAAAUAAACUAUGUAAAAGAAGGGGGAAGAAUGUGUAGUACCCUCCUUAUAUAUAUUUGAUUCUUGUUCAUUAAUUCCUAUAUAUCCCUCACAAAGUUGUUUACUCUUUCUUUCUUGUGAGUUCGAUCAUUUCUUGUGGCUAGAGAUACUUACUAAACAAGUAAGAGUGUUAGCAAGUUUCCAUAGAAAUAAUAGCUACAAUGGUGACCAAGAAACCAAAAGUUGUGAUAAUAGGUGCUGGAAUGGCAGGUCUUACAGCAGCUAACAAGCUCUACACAACUGCAGGCUCUAAAGAAUUGUUAGAGCUGUGUGUUGUGGAGGGUGGUAAUAGGAUUGGUGGAAGAAUUAAGACUUCAGAGUUUGUUGGGAGCAGGAUUGAGAUGGGUGCUACUUGGAUCCAUGGAAUUGGGGGUAGCCCUGUUUACAAGAUAGCUCAGGAGAUUAACUCACUGGAUUCAGACAAGCCUUGGGAGUGUAUGGAUGAGUUGUUGGAUGAGCCACUGACAAUAGCUGAAGGAGGUUAUGAGCUCAAUGCUUCCCUUGUUGAGCCCAUAUCAAACCUUUUCAAGAAUAUGAUGGAUUUUGCUCAAGGGAAAGCUAUUGAAGACGGUGUGUGUAGUGAAUUUGUUGAGAGUUACAGAUCCUCCAAUGGCUGCAUAAGGAAUGGUGGCCUUGAAAAUCUUAGUGUUGGUUCUUUCCUAAGGAAAGGGCUUGAUGCUUUCUGGGGUUCGAUGAAAGGCCAAGAGGAAAGCCAAGGGUUCGAUAACUGGACCAGAAAAUCACUGGAGGGAAGAAUUUUUGCGAUGCUUGAGAACACACAAAGGACUUACACAUCAGCUGGUGAUUUGCAGACUCUAGAUUUCAAUGCAGAAAGUGAGUAUCGUAUGUUUCCAGGGAAAGAGAUAACCAUUGCCAAAGGCUACUCCACUAUAGUUGAAUAUUUGGCAUCUGUUCUGCCAGCUAGUGUGAUUCAAUUAGGCCGAAAGGUCAUGCAAAUUGAAUGGCAGUCUGAUGACCACCAAUCACUGGAUAUUGAUGAAAAUGGUGACGUUACUAAACCAGUAAAGCUACAUUUUAAUGAUGGAUCAAUCAUGUAUGCUGAUCAUGUGAUUGUCACGGUGUCGCUUGGGGUCCUAAAGCAAGGGAUUGACGAUAAUUCUUGUAUGUUUAGCCCUCCACUUCCUAGAUUUAAGACUGAAGCAAUCUCAAGGCUUGGUUUUGGUGUUGUUAACAAGCUAUUCUUGCAACUAAGUCCAAACAGGGAUGAAGAUGGCACUGAUUCCAUGAGGUUUCCCUAUUUGCAGAUGGUCUUCCAUCAGUCAGGCUCAAAAUUAAGGCAUCCAAGAAUCCCCUGGUGGAUAAGGAGGACAGCUUCUUUAUUUCCCAUCUAUGGCACUUCAAACGUUCUAUUGUCAUGGUUUGCGGGCAAAGAGGCUCUUGAGCUUGAGUCACUUGGUGAUGAGGAGAUCACUGAUGGCUUCUCAACAAUGAUCUCCAAUUUACUAGAAAACUCAAAGCAUCUCAGCAAGUCCCAUGACUUGUGCAAUGGGCAUGCGGAAAGUUGCAUCAAAUUUGAUAAGGUUUUAAAGAGCCAAUGGGGUAGUGAUCCACUCUUCUUGGGGUCAUAUAGCUAUGUGGCUGUUGGAUCAAGUGGAGAUGAUUUGGAUACUAUGGCUGAGCCAUUGCCAAAAAGGAGCAAUAAUAGUUUUAAUUCAAAAGGUUCCCCUCCACUUCAAAUUCUGUUUGCAGGGGAAGCAACACAUAGAACCCAUUAUUCAACAACUCAUGGUGCUUACUUUAGUGGCCUAAGAGAAGCCAACAGGCUGCUUAAGCACUACUUCUUUAGUGAUAUAUGAAGAUGUUUGUUGCCAUAGAAACUAGGCAGGUUUUACUUACUUAUUGGCUUUUGUUUUAUAUUUUUGCAGUGAUCAUCAUCGCUUCCUCUUAUUUAUUUUCUAUAUUCGUUUGGAGAAAAAUGUUUGUUAUUAAUUCCUCUGUAUGAUGGGAGUUUGAGGGAGAAAAGGGAACUGUAAGAGAUUGGGAAGGAAAGUGAAAGGGAGGAGAAGGGGACAUAUCCUUGAUGUACUAAUGAAUGAAUUAAAGAAGCUUCUAUUCAAUGUGCUAUUGCUUUCUAUUUUAUUUGUUAAAGAGAUCCUUUCAA